AUGACGAAGAGUAGGAGAAAGGUCAGGUUAUCUUUUGGCACACUGGGCAAAUGGUGUGCUGAGGUGUGCCGCCCUGGGCUCGUAUUCGGGGCUUCGACUAACUUUGCCGUACCGAAAGGGGUGGGCAGGGCUCUGGCUUUCUGUCGCCAGGGCGGUGUGAACAGACUGCUUGGCUCAGUCGUUUGGACCGGUAUCCCUGCGAUUGCAGCCACAGUCUUCGCUUUAUCUGUACCACUGUGCUGA